AGCCGCGACUCGCGGCCCUCGAGCUCAUCACCUGUCAAAGUUCAGUUUUUCUCUGCCUCUGCUCGCUCGUCCAAAGCGUAAAAAGAUCCAUUCCCGUUUUCAGUGGUAGUGUGACGAUUGUGCGACAGUUUUUGCUAAAUUAAUCCAGAAAAAUGGUCUCCCUGAACCCGGUCCGUAUCCUGAAGAAUGAAGCCGAGGAGGAGAAGGGCGAAAUUGCCCGGCUGUCGUCGUUUGUGGGUGCGAUCGCCAUCGGAGAUCUCGUCAAGAGCACACUGGGCCCCAAGGGAAUGGACAAAAUCCUGGUCGCUCACGGGCGCAGUGCCGGACAGGUCGAGGUUACCAACGACGGAGCCACGAUUCUGAAGGCCGUUGGCGUGGACAACCCGGCGGCGAAGAUUCUGGUCGACAUGAGUCGCGUGCAGGACGAUGAGGUUGGGGAUGGAACCACCUCGGUCACAGUUUUCGCCUCGGAACUGCUCCGUGAGGCCGAGAAGCUGAUCGAGCAAAAGUUGCACCCUCAGACGAUCAUUGCCGGAUGGCGCGCGGCCACCCAAGCUGCCAGGUCCGCCCUGAUUGCCGCCGCUCAGGACAAUUCACAGAACGUGGACAAGUUCCGGGAGGAUCUGAUGAAUAUUGCUCGCACGACGCUCAGUUCCAAGAUUCUGUCGCAGCACAAGGAAUACUUCGCCAAGCUGGCCGUCGAUGCCGUAAUGCGCCUGAAGGGAUCCGGCGAAAUGACAGCUAUCCAGUUGAUCAAGAAAACCGGUGGCACCUUGGAGGAAUCGUUCCUGGAUGAGGGAUUCUUGCUGGACAAGAAACCCGGUGUCCAUCAGCCGAAGCGCGUGGAGAAUGCCAAGAUCCUGAUCGCCAACACUCCCAUGGACACGGACAAGAUCAAGGUGUUCGGUUCCAGCAUCAAGGUCGAUUCCAUGGCCAAGAUCGCCGAGUUGGAGGUCGCCGAGAAGGAGAAGAUGAAGGACAAGGUCAACAAGAUCCUGAGCCACAACUGCAACGUGUUCAUCAACCGUCAGCUGAUCUACAACUACCCGGAGCAGCUGUUUGCCGAUGCCGGCGUGAUGGCCAUCGAGCAUGCCGAUUUCGAUGGAAUUGAGCGCUUGGCUCUGGUGACCGGCGGUGAAAUCGUGUCCACCUUCGACAAUCCCGAUCUGGUCAAGAUGGGUCGUUGCGAUCUGAUCGAGCAGAUAAUGAUCGGAGAGGACACGCUGCUGCGCUUCAGUGGAGUCCCGUUGGGAGAGGCUUGCACGAUCGUGAUCCGCGGAGCCACCCAGCAGAUCAUCGACGAGGCGGAACGUUCGCUGCAUGACGCCCUGUGCGUUUUGACCGCGACCGUUAAGGAGACUCGCGUCAUCUAUGGCGGAGGUUGCUCGGAAACGCUGAUGGCCACAGCCGUCUACAAGCUGGCUGCCGAAACACCCGGCAAGGAAGCCAUGGCCAUUGAAGCGUUUGCCCGUGCCUUGCUCCAACUUCCGACGACAAUCGCCGACAACGCCGGAUACGAUUCCGCCCAGCUGGUGUCGGAACUCCGUGCCGGACAUUCCCAGGGUAAGAACACCCUCGGAUUGAACAUGUACGAAGGUAAGGUCGGCUGCAUGAAGGAACUGGGCAUCACCGAAUCGUUUGCCGUCAAGCGACAGGUGCUGAUGUCCGCCUCGGAAGCCGCGGAAAUGAUUCUACGUGUGGACAACAUCAUCAAGUGCGCGCCCAGGAAGCGUGUCCCAGAUCGUGGAUACUGCUAAACAGUUUACCUAUUAGUUACUCUUAUAAUCGCGCAUUUUGUAUCACUCACAUUGUAGUACUUCACGCUACCGAGCCUAUCUAUAUGUUUAAUCGUUCAUACACACGGAACAUCUCAGCUUAUUUCUUUUUUUUUUGUUCGAUAAGAAAGCACACAGAUCAAGCAAAUCAUGUUUUUUCUCGCCCUAACUUAAAAAUAUGGCCGCACCCAAAACCCUUAAACUUCCGUUUGGGGACACUUGCUUGCAAUGGACCGCAAACGAAACGCUAUGCCCGUUUCGAAGUUUAGAUAUGACCCUGAAAUAACAUUUUACAAACGUAAUAAAGGUCAGACUCACUCAUACCAAUUCA